GCACAACAGUCGCAGCCAAGCCGCCGGGCAAAGCGGUAACACUCCACGGAAUUUUCUUCGAGACUCGCGUCCACUUUUCCGGCCUCUGUGUAAAAUAAUCCUCCACGUGCUCAAGCGUUGUGUCCACAUCCUUAUCCAAUUUCAAAUUCCUCACAAGGAUAUCAGGAAAAACAAAAAUUGAAAAAGAAAACCGUGAUUUGUUUCUAUUUAUCCAAUAAACGUCAAAUACCAUUAGAUAUCCACAUAGUCGCCCAGCGUGAGCCAUGCCAACACAAAACAGCGCGAUGUGGGGCCAAAAAAGCAAUCGCAAAUUAAUUAUCGGUAUUUUCGGCUUCUGCCUGGGACUAUUUGGCAUAUUGUGCGGACUGUUCUGGGCGGACCUGUUCAGUUGGAUCAUGCAGAGGGAAAUGGCUCUGGCGCCCAACACACGAGUAUACGAUAAUUGGAAAACUCCGCCCUUGGAUCUAAGUCUGGAUAUUUAUCUCUACAACUGGACGAAUCCGGAGGACUUUGGUAAUUUCUCCACAAAGCCCAUUUUGGAGCAAGUGGGUCCAUAUCGCUUUACCGAGCGACCCGAUAAGGUGGACAUCCACUGGCAUCCCGAAAACGCAUCCGUCAGCUAUCGCAGACGCAGUUUGUUCUAUUUUGAUGCGGAGGGCAGUAGCGGAAGUCUGGAUGAUGAAAUUAACACCCUCAAUGCUGUGGCUCUGUCCGCAGCUGCCACCGCGAAAUACUGGCCUUCACAUAAGCGCACCUUGGUCGAUUUGGGUCUAAAGAUGUACGGUGCCGAAAUGUCUGUCCAAAAAUCCAUAGACGAGCUACUCUUCACCGGAUACAGCGAUAUGAUGAUAGACGUGGCCAUUGCCAUGCCCAUUUUCGGAGAUGAGGUGAAGGUCCCCUUUGAUAAAUUCGGCUGGUUCUAUACGCGCAAUGGAAGCGCCGACCUCACCGGAGUUUUCAAUGUUUUCACUGGCGCUGAUAAUCUCUCCAAAUUGGGUCAAAUGCACGCGUGGAAUUAUCAGGAAAACACUGGAUUUUACGAUUCCUAUUGCGGAAUGACCAAUGGAUCUGCCGGAGAAUUCCAGCCACAGAAUCUCAAGCCCGGCGAUAGUGUCGGUCUAUUUACGCCGGAUAUGUGCCGUACGAUUCCGCUGGAUUAUGCGGAAACGGUUGAUAUCGAAGGACUACAGGGUUACAAAUUUUCUGGAGGACCUCGUUCUGUAGAUAAUGGCACUCGUUAUCCUGAAAACCUUUGCUAUUGUGGUGGCGAAUGUGUUCCUUCGGGAGUGAUGAACAUCAGUUCCUGUCGCUUUGGAUCUCCUGUUUUCAUGUCCUAUCCGCAUUUUUUCAAUGGAGAUCGUUACUAUGUUGACCAGGUGGAGGGUUUAAGUCCCAAUCAGAAGGAUCACGAGUUCUAUAUGGUAGUGGAGCCGAAAACUGGUAUUCCCCUGGAGGUGGCUGCUCGAUUUCAGGUCAACAUGCUGGUGGAGCCAAUAGAAGGCCUCGCUUUGUACACAGAAAUACCCAGGGUAUUCUUUCCACUCAUAUGGUUUGAGCAAAAAGUGAAAAUCACUCCGGAAAUGGCUGAUCAAUUGAAAAUGCUGCCGAUUGUACUGCUGUCCGGACAAAUCUUCGCCGGAAUUUGCCUGGCUACUGGAUUAAUACUCCUGUGCUGGGGACCAGUUCAAAAUUUGGUGUCAGCGUGUCGGAAUCGUAGAUACGAUCUGAAAACCCAGACCAAAACUAAUGGUCAGUACAAGAGUCGCUCCCAAUUCUCCAGUGCCGAGGAACUCAAGUCCAAGGCCUCGACUUUGGUCUGCGAAAAGAGUGUCAAAGGAUCUCCGGACAGUUCUCCGCUCCUCGAAAAAAGCUGCAAGCCAAACAUCAUCAAAUCGCAAACGGUUGAGAGUGUGGCCACUGCCUCCACAGCCAUCAGCGAUAAUAAGCAGGAUUGAAGGAUUGAAGGGUCUCCCGUUACAUCCACGCCAUCUAGAUAGUUAAGCCGUCCUAGUGCUUUAGUCGUAGCUCAUAGUUUAGAGGCACUCUAAAAAAUAUCCAACUAAAAACUGCAACCAUUCCCGUGCCUAUGCCAAAGAUUAAAUAGCCUACGAAGUCCAUCAUGUGCCGAUCUUCGCUUAGCUAACGAAUACUCUUUUUACAUUCCUUAGCUAUUAGAUAUGUUUUGUAUUUAAAUGUUUUCUUGACCAAUAUUGUGUGAGUCAAAUAAAA